ACUUUAUCAUGACUCUGCUCUACCAAGUAGGGUUAUUACUCCUUGUGGCAGCUACUUAUAAGGUGUCGGCAGAAUGUUGCACACCGGGAGCCACUUCAGACUUUUGUACGGUCUUCUCGAUGCUCUCCACCAUGGAGCAAAAUGAAGUGAUGAACUUUAUAGGUGAAAACUGCGAUGGUGAUGCCGAGGUGGCACUGCAAAAGAUGGAAAAGAGAAAGCCAAACUUUAUGAGAUAUGGGCGAUCAGCAGCUGUAAAGUCGCUGGGAAAGAAAGCCGGUUCAGACCCGAACUUCCUUCGAUUCGGACGAUCUCAACCAAACUUCUUGCGAUUCGGAAAGGCUAGCGGAGACCCGAACUUCCUUCGUUUCGGUCGAAGUGACCCUAACUUCUUGAGAUUUGGAAAAGCCGCUGCUGAUCCAAAUUUCUUGAGAUUCGGAAAACGAUCUGCAGAUCCUAACUUCUUGAGAUUCGGACGCUCAUUCGACAACUUCGAUCGUGAAUCCCGCAAGCCAAAUUUCCUUCGUUUCGGAAAAUAAGAAACUAAAACUUCGACCGUCAGCAUCAGAUCGAUCACACUCACACAGCAGCUAAUUCAGGAACAAUUUCUCUAUUUUCUCUAUUCUCUUUUCGUCUUUUUAUCUUUCAGUGUCAUUUGUUUUUGAAAAUGAAAGAAAUAUUUUG